ACCAGGAACUACCAACGCAGUCCUCUUGGCUCAACGUUGUGCUCGGAAGCUCAUUCACGUGAAUGUCAACGGCGGUCGCCUAGCUUGAGCUACCAGUCUCGGGACCUUUUGGGUUGUCCCUUGCCCCGAAUAGUGGACGUCGGGCGAGCGUACAAAGCUCUCUGUGAACCGGAUCCAAUGCGUGGGAUGAUGGGCACACAGAGUAGUCCAGUCAAGAGCUACGAUUAUCUGCUGAAAUUUCUUUUGGUGGGAGACAGCGACGUUGGAAAACGUGAAAUCUUGGACAGCUUACAAGACGGAUCCGUAGAGUCUCCCUAUCCCUACAGCAGUGGGAUCGAUUACAAAACCACCACAAUUCUGCUGGACGGGAAAAGAGUGAAACUAGAGUUAUGGGACACAUCCGGGCAGGGCAGAUUCUGCACCAUCUUCAGGUCUUACUCUCGUGGAGCACAGGGCAUCCUGCUUGUGUAUGACAUAACCAACGUCUGGUCGUUUGAUGGCAUUGACCGCUGGAUGCGUGAAAUUGACGAGCAUGCCCCAGGUGUACCCAGGAUUCUGGUGGGAAAUCGUCUUCACCUGGCUUUCAAGCGGCAGGUACCAACGGAGCAGGCGAGGGCCUAUGCAGAAAAGAACAGCAUGACUUUCUUUGAGGUCAGUCCGCUGUGCAACUUCAACGUUAUCGAAUCGUUCACAGAACUCUCCCGCAUUGUGCUGAUGAGGCACGGGAUGGAAAAAUUCUGGAGGCCCAACAGAGUCUUCAGCCUCCAAGAUCUGUGCUGCCGCUCCAUCGUCUCCUGCACACCGGUGCACCUCAUUGACAAAUUGCCCCUCCCUGUGGCCAUCAAGUCGCACCUCAAGUCUUUCUCCAUGGCCAACGGCAUGAACGCAGUCAUGAUGCAUGGACGCUCCUACUCGGUGGCCAACAGUGCAGCCUCAGGUGGUAGCAGCGGCGGAAGCAAAGCCAACAGUCUGAAACGCUCAAAGUCCUUCAGGCCUCCGCAGACUCCUCCAAAGAACUCGUCGUCAUCCUCCAAGGGGAACUGUAAGAUUUCAUAGUGAUGAGUGGACUAAUGGUUGCCUCCGUAGGGCCAGCAUUAAACGUGAUGUUGCUCCAAGAGGUCACAAGGCCAGAGAAGAGCACGGCGAGCCACCAGCAGUCUUCACCAGAAACGGACAUAGCAGUGAACUCACAUUGACCUUUGGGAACUGCCUCGGCUGGUUGGAUUGGCGCUUUGCUGGUGCCCUUUUGUGGACGCCCGUGCUCUUACGUACAGGGGCUCACUCAUCAAGUAGAACACGAUUUCCCUGGGACUAACGGAUAUAAAUCAAGGAUUGUUGCUCACCUGUUAAAAUUACAAAUGAGGGACUUUCGCCAGCUUUUACUUGGAAAAGGAUUGUUUAUUGUAUUUAAAGUUGUAAAUGUGCUGUGUGUGCUCGUUGUGUUGGUCAUUGUUUGGUGGUUGAUCUAAGCAAGGAGCUUCGUAUGCUUGUUUUAUUUUGGGAGAUCUGCUUUGGUGUACAACUUGUGUGUCUUAUGCUCUUGCCUACCUUGGAAAAUUCCGUUUGCAACCUCAACGGUGCUCAGUUACUUAUUUAAAACUCAGAUUAGUUAUUUUUUUAAAUAAGACUGGCUUAAAUUGAAUGUCAUGAGAAUAGUGGGGCUAUUUCCCAGACAGACUGGAUUUUAUACCAAUUAAAAACACUUUUAAAACCAUUCUUUGCCUAGCACUACUUGAUGUGUGAAACUGUCCAGCAAAAUUGAGCUGAAUGUUCUGGUGUUCCUUAAUUUUGGCCCAAAUGAAUUCACACUCCAUCUCUAUCAGUCUUUGGUUUGAACAUCUGUUGACUUUCUCAGGCCAUUUUUGCCUCUAAAUCUAAUUUGCUUAAUUGCAUUAUCAACCCUUAACUGGUUUAAACCACCACCAGUAGGACCAUCUAUCAAUCUAUUAACCCGUGGGGCUAUUCAAAGAUUGCUUGGGGGCUGAGGAGGAAGCUUGUACAAACUCAUGAUGUGCAGAUUGUGUGCUCAGUCGCGGCAUUAUGCCUUCAAAAGGUGCUGCAAUCGGGUCUCGAUCCUUAACAGGAAUUUGUAAACUCACAAGACAUUGGUGAGGAAUAUUUUAAUUUGAUUGCUUUUUGGAUCUUUUAUUUGUACCCAAUGUAUUUAUGAAUGUAAAACAAGAUUAAUCUGCUAUUUUGCUGUGGUCAUGUGGUAAUAUGUGGAACUGUAAGAAUCAGAGGUGGAAGGUUACAGAGUACAUAUGCUAUUGUGAUAUUUUUAAUACGUGUUGGGUAUUUGUACUGUAAGUUCAUUCUUAUUUUCUAACCCUGUGAUCCAUUUGUGUACAUUAGGGUUGAAUGGUCGUUUAUGGUAGAGAACAAUGUAAUGUCAGAUCAACUUGAAGACUUCUGAAAGAGCAUAGGAAGUAUUGGAUUUUAAAUAAGAUGUAACUAAUAAUGUCUCUUUUUAUUACUCAAAUAAUCUACCGAAAUAUUUUAAAUCUAAUAUAAAUUCUCAAUUUUCUUUCCACCUCUGAUUAACAUGCUGUAUUUCCACUUCAACAUUCCCAGUGUCAUGGCUAUAUGUGUGUCAUAUUGGGUCACUGAGGUCAUAAUCCAUCGGUGCAUGUUUUCUACCAGUUUGAUGUGGUGUAUUGAGAACAGUACAAUGGGCGAAAAGAACAUUUAAAGCACUAAAUAUGUAAACGUUUGAUAAUUAUUGUUGAGCUGUGUUUCUAUACAUGUUCAAUGAUAAUGUUACUCAGCCAAAUAAAGGGUAAAGCUACA